AUGAAGAUAUAUCAAUUAGUAAGAGAUACAAGUGGUGUUGUUCAUCGAUUAGUUCUUGAUUCUGAACUUAUUUUUUUCAAUGGACAAAAAUAUUCUUCAAUUCAACGUAUGCUCUAUAAUUGGUGUUGGUUAAGUUUACCUUAUGCAUUAUUAUAUAUCAUUGCUAUAUUUAUUGAUAUUACUAGAUUAUGGGUUUGUUUAUUUAUGGCUUCGAAAGUACCAGAAACAUUAGAUACAUUAUUUAUUAUAUUAUGA